UCCACAAGUAAUCUUGUUUGAAAUCGAGGUUAUACUUAAUUUCACGUGCAAAAUGGCGACUGAACGAAAAGAGAUGCAGUUGGUUUGAUUGCUAUUUUGUCGAGAUGCCAAGGUACGGACAGCUCGUAAUGGGUCCUGCAGGAAGCGGGAAGUCCACAUACUGUAAAACUAUUGUCGAGCACUGUGAGAAUAUGGGUAGAGCAGUGUAUGUUAUCAACCUCGACCCUGCAGCAGAGCAAUUUAGUUAUCCAGUUUUAGGAGAUGUUAGAGAACUUGUUGAACUUGAAGAUGUCAUGGAAGCGGAGGAUUUAAAGCUUGGGCCAAAUGGUGGGUUAGUGUUCUGUAUGGAAUAUCUUGUUGAGAAUUUAGAUUGGUUGGAAGAAAAACUUGGUGAAGCUGAAGAUGAUUAUAUUUUGUUUGACUGCCCAGGUCAAAUAGAGUUAUAUACACACAUCCCAGUAAUGAGGCGGUUGGUUGACACUCUCCAGAACUGGGAUUUCAGAAUUUGUGGAAUAUUUCUCAUUGACUCUCAAUUCAUUAUCGACGGUCCUAAGUUUUUCUCUGGUGUUAUGUCUGCUCUCUCGGCAAUGGUCCAGUUGGAGGUGCCACAUGUCAAUAUCAUGAGUAAAAUUGAUUUGCUGGACAAAAAUGCAAAGAGGGAACUCCAAAAGUAUUUGAAUCCAGAUGUAGAUCUGAUUCUUGAUGAACUCAAAUCUACCAUGACCCCAAAACACAGAAAGCUUAACCAUGCUAUUGGGACACUGAUUGAAGAUUACAGUCUGGUCAGUUUUUUACCCCUUGACAUCAUGGAUGAAGAAUCUGUCACGCUGCUGGUUGCAGAAAUCGAUAAUGCAAUCCAAUAUGGAGAAGGUGCUGACGUUAAAGAAACAAAGGAUAAUGAUGAUGCAGAUGAAGAGUUUGGAUUUUAGGAAUUGCAAAAAUGACACUGUUCGUCUCUCUCUACAUUCAUACCAUUUAUCGUCCCAGUGUAUGUAUGUACCAGAUGCUGGUCUGAGACUGUAAUUUGGAACGAUUUGUGCAGCUUGGCUGUUCAAUUGGAUUGUAAAGUUACUGUUUUCAACUGUGUUUUCAAAAGUGUACACAUAUUUUUUAUAAGAAACUGCUAAUGAAGAACUCUAGCAACCAUUUCCAGACGUUAUGACUCAGUUUCUAGUCAUUGAGUAGACAAAAUAACCUCUCUGGGGAUAAAUGAGUGGUGUUGAAAUAAUGAUUAAACACAUACGCAUCCAAUGAAUGCCUCUGGGCUUUGAAACCCCAUAAAUAAGAUGCCUAUAUCCAACUUAAAUGCCAUGCAACCCCUGGUUUCUAGUGAAUACCAUUGCUUAAGAGCUUAUGAUACGAGAAUGUCAAAGUAGUGUAUGAAAUUGGCUUUAUUUAAUCUACAUGCCAUUUAUCAUAAUUGAUGCCAUUUAUCGUAUCCAGAUUCCUUCGUGUGUGAACGCUAUGAGCUUCUUUCGCCGAUUUCCAUGUUUUGUUUCUUGGGGUUGCAGAGCAUCUCGUCCCUGAGACGGGGGCUACACAGGCACGAACUCGGCUACUACUUUUCGCGAACUUGCCGAAAGAGUCCCAGGGAUGCCAUGGUGACCGAGCAAGGGGGCCAAAUAGAUUUUAUUUCUUGGGUUGUUAGCAUUCAGCGCACAAAACUUCGGAAAAAUUUCGGACGCGAAAACUUUCAAAACCAGUUCUUAUGCCCUGGCAAAACGACUAAACAUUUCACUAAACAUUUCACUCAACUUGUGUUUAGUGAAAUUGAUCGAAGUUUAUUGAGGGUGGCAAAACGUGACUAAACUUUCCACUAAACUUCACUCAACUUGUUUAAACUGCGAGCAGUCUAUGACGCUGUUGAGUUGUAGGGGAUUUUGCAUAGGAAUUUGCUUUUGGUUCAUUUUGUUGCAUGCACAACCAAGCAGUGGAUAAAAAUAUCGAUUGCAACAAAUGUUUAAUUGGUGGCAAAACGACUAAACAUUUGCUAAACAGCACUAAACAACACUAAACAUUUUUGACCAGGAUCAAACUUUGCUCAACUACACUCAACACGACCAAACAACACUAAACAGGGUGGCAAAACGACUAAACUUUUCACUAAACUUUUGGCUAAACAAAAGUUGAGUGAAAUGUUUAGUCGUUUUGCCAGGGCUUUAGGAUCGAAAACUUUGUUGUCCGAAAUUUUCUUUAUUUCAAAAAUUUUAUAGGCACAAUAAUCACUGUAUAGAUUGAGUUUAUAUAUGAACUUUAAAAAGCAUUUAUUCCUUUUUUCUCCAAAUGUCUUCGUGACUUAAAUUAGCAGCUCAUUGAAGAAAACCAGGAAUGAAGAACACUUCCUUUUUUAUUGUUUUUCGUAAUAGUUAUGAUAAUUAGAGUUAAUUACAAAUGACUUCAGGCUAUGAAAGUCUUUCAUUUGUUGAGUCAUCUCCGCCAUAAAUUAUGAUAACAUGAAUGCUUUCCUGAUCAUCAUCAUCGUGAUCAUCGCAAUUACCAUCUUCAAUCAUUAUUAUUAUUAUGGAAGAUUAUCAUUUCCACCCCCUCGACACUGCCGUCAAUGGACUUGCUAACCAAUUUUUGUUUAGCAAAUUUACAUAUUACGUAAUCGUUCACAUAAACGUUAUGGCUAUUACAAAUAUUGCCGACUUUUGAUUGCGUAAUAUGUGCAUAUUUCUUGUGCUGUCUCUCUCUUGAACAAUAGUCCAUUUUCUGUGGGCCAUCAACUAGCCGUUGAUAGUGAAAACUGCUCUAGGUAUAAUAAAGGACAAUACUUUCUGAACGUCCUGUCCGUGGCGAGCUAUUUUAUUUCUAUUCUACUUUAUUCAACUAACAACUCAUAGUCAUCUUGCUUUUUGUACGUUAUAACCAGGAGUUUCGUAUCAAAAAGAAAUUAUGACUAACUGAAGCCAAAAAUCAUGUACAAUUUUUGAAAAUCUUUGUGCAGAAAUUGUGGAGGAUUGAUGUCCUUAUGUAAGAACCUUCUAUAAAGCUUAAUGGAAAAUUAAACCGGCUGUUUGGAAAAAAACUUGUUUCAAAUUUACAACAAGCAAUUAAAGUAUUCCAAUCUUUCUUCAAAUUUAAAGAAUUUUUGUCCCGGAAUAGAGACUGUACUUCUUCUUAAGAAAAUUGGUUAUCCUUUUUACCAUGUCUACGCACAGUUACUCAUACAGAAGGAGCCUACAAAAUCAUCAAUUUGCACAAUAGGACGGCAGGAUCUCUUAAAAUCCAUUUUUUCAAGAAAUGUUAUCAGAUAUCUUUCAGACAAGUCUACGGUUUUAAGCACAUGUUCAAUAACUGAUCAUAAUUCCGCGUGCGGAUGUACUGGCAUCAUAUCUUUUGUAAAUGAUUUGUAACUGUAGCGUAGAGGCAGGGGCAACAUAGUCAUUAGGCUAGCAGGUGCUGAGGCGUGUUUCUCUGUUCAGUCCAACAUAGAGUGCAGAAAAGUUUGGGAUAACAGCAUUUUUCCUCAAAAGGCCUCCAAAGAUAAUAGAGAAUGGUUCGAGACAGCGACUUCUCAGGACAAAGAGCAAUCAAGAUAUAAACUGCAUUUGGAAGUAACGAGCUAUGUGGCUGCAAUUUCCAUGUAGUACAACCAGGACCGAGCUACGCGAAGACCAAAAUUUACACUAGACGUGCCAUUUCAGAAAAUACUGGAUAAACGUGCCUAUUCUACCUAGGGCCUAGAAUAUGGAAUUGUCUUCAAUCAGCAGCAAAAUCAACAUCUAAUACCAACCCCUUCAAGCAUAAGAUCAAAGAGAGGUUUUUCCAAAACAUAGUAAAAAGAAA